AUAUAUAUAUAUAUAUAUAUAUAUAUAUAACUAAAAGAAAAAAAAAUUCUAUAUAUAACUAAACUGAAAAAAUACUCUUUUCAAGAAAAGAAAAAGAGAUGUCUAAAUAGAACAGAAGAAAGAAUUUUUAAACAUUACCGCGAAUUUUUUUUCUCUUUAAUAAAAAAAUACUAUAAACGAAAACUCGUUAAUUAUAGAAGGAAAUCUGAUAAUUAUAUCUGAUAAACGAAAUUAAGAUCUAAGAAUCCCUUUCAAACUCUUGUUCUGAUAUUUUACCAUGGCAGCUAUGUGAUAAUAAUGUUCGGCUUUUAGUUUCGGUAUCUGUCAAGACUACCGGCGGAAGAUCGGGGAGAGUCACUUCCGUUUCGUGGCAAUUCGUCCAAAUACAAACGGCUGCUAUUGGUUUCAUGACAUUCUGCCAGAUAUUUUCGUGACGAAUAGCUUUCCUUAACAUUGUAUAAUACACAACGGUCAAUAGUAACCCUAAGGAAGUAGAAGCCAGAGAAAUUAUGCCAAGAAAUCGCCAACUGUCAUUCCAAAUGAUUGUAGUGGCUACAGCUGAUUGAAUUGCAAAGAGAAGGUUGCAGAAUAAGAUUUCGCCUUCUGGUCUAUAGCCUUCGCUGGGUGAAAUAUAGGUCCAUAUUGUAAAAUAAGAAUAAAUUAACGACUUUCGGAAGCCGUAGAUGGCAGAAUAGACAGCAAUGAUUAUAGCUACGUGGACGGCCACUGUUGAUAAGAGUACUUUAUAUCCGUAUCUGAUGAGUAAGGAUAGAAAGCAAGACAGUCUUGCCGUAAGACCUAAAGAGACUACUAGUAAGUUUGUAAGGCUGGUCACAUGAGAGUAGGAAGAUAAAGCCCUUUUUGACCUAACUUUUUCAAAAACCGCAACGCCAACUAUACAGCUACAAAAAGAAUUUACCGUUGAUACAACUUGCAUAACGUGAAUGUCGGAAGUUGAAUAUAAUAUCAACGAAGAAUUAAGAAUAAAUUGAGGCCCCGAAUCUACAACUGCAUGAACUAGUAAUAUUUGUGCACAGAUCCAUUCUCGUCGGCGUCUUGCUUCGCUAUCUGGUCCUGGACCAUCACACUUCUUUGAGGCAAUCACGAAACGAUGACUUAUUAUUGCCAAUUGCAAUGGUAUAUUCAAAAGCGUUAAAAGUGCAAUUCUAAGAGGAUGCCGGCGUUCCGCCAGUCCAUAGGCAAUUCGCACAGAGUAGACAGAAGCGCAAAUAAUACCAUUAGCAAGGAAGAAGAGCGAUGAAAAUGCUGUUACCAAGUAGGUACCCUGACGAGCAAGGUGGAUGAUGACCGAAAGAUCUGUAAUUAGAUCAAAGCCAAUUAGGAUUGUAACUAGAGUGAAGGCUAGUCCGCUACAGCAAUGUUUCGAUGUCGUCUCUUCUUCCUCUUCAUCCAUCGUUUGAAAGACGACGGAUGGCAGGUAAGCGCAUCGAUCAAGUCAUCACGUGAUUUCUGACGUCAGUGAUUUCUUGUUUGUUAAAAAGUCGAAAAAGAGGAAAGAGAGUAAAAAAGGAAAAGUGCGCGUGCUUGCUUGUAUGAGAAAUAGGCCUUCAAGAGAUAUUAAAGAAACGUGAGAAAAAACCCAGUAGGAGUCGACAUAGAGCAAAGAAUAUCCAAUAUAUCUAUAGAAGGUAUUGUCUUGAUGAAAUAGGAAUCCGAGUCUCAUUAUGAAUAGUUUAUAAAUUGUAUAAAAGUGGUAAUGAAUAUAUUUUAAAGCUCUAUCUAUUAAUUAAUCUGCAGCCAUAUUCAAUGUAGUUUAUUUAUCAUUUGUUACAAGAUUUAAAGAAAAUGCAGUAUAAUAAGCUAAUUUCAUUCAAUCUAGUACAAUUGUUUACUAUUGCUAAAUAAAUGAGUGACGAUAUUAUUUUUACCUUGUUUUUCUAUUUCCCUAACUGCAAAAGGAAAAUAAAAAAUUUCAAUCGUCUUCAUAAUCUGCAACAGCUUGAAAAUGCAGACUUUUUAAUAAAAUUAUGUAUAUAAUAUUAAAAAUGCUAAUUAUACUUUUUUCUACUGCAAAAUUUUUUCCAAAAAUAUAUUAAUCGAUCUCAUUUGCUGUAAUUAAUCAAGAAAUUUUAAGAAAAUGUUUACAAAGAAACUUGUUCUAUCAGCAAAAAGAAAAAAAACCCUGGUAAGGCAGCUCAUUGGUGAUUGUAUUUAUAUUAGUUUAAAAGCUUUGAAGACGAAAAAAUAAAAUAAAAAAAAUUAGGCGCGUCUACCUGCAAAUUUCUUAGGCCUAUCGCUCGGCAUUUGCAUUAAUUGUAGAUCGUGCAUAGUAGGCAAACACGAUCUACGUAGAACAGCAACUUCAACAUCCAAAUUGUAAAACUGAUGCCUUAUUUGGGCUAGUUUAUCAAAUAGUCGUUCUUGGCUGUUAACUAGAGUUCUAGCUUGUAGAACUCUUGACGAAUAUACUAUCGCCUCUGGAUCAAUUGCUUUUUGCUUCGCUUUUUCUAGUACGGUGACUGCGUCUACAGCCUGAGGUUUUUCUUUCUCUUCUUGUAAUAAUUUCUUUAAUUGUCCAUAUGCGAUGGCCGUUUCCUCCGCAGUAGGUUCGACAGGUGAAGCUAGAUGCUCUCUAAUCAAUUUUUGUACUUCAGGUUCCGUGUUCAACAAUGUGCUGCACGAAAGUUGCAGUUUUUCUACAGGUUUAUUAUCUAAUUCUGCAGUAUUAUUAUUAUCUUCUUUUUCAAUUUCUGAUUUAGCUACCUCUGUAGCUAUUGCAGUAUUUUCCAAAGUUUUGUUAGUUUCAAUAUUUAUACUACUUUCAUCAACAGAGUCUUUUUCCUCUUCCUUGCUACUCUUAUUUUCCUCUUUCUUUGAAUCUGUCUUUUCUUGCUCCUCAAUUUUUUGAGCUUCUUCGAUUGGCUUUUCAUUUUCCUCUGGAUCAGCCUUUCCCGCUUCUUCAACAUCAUCGUUUGUGUCUUUCUUAUCAUUUUCUUUCUCCUCUUUAGCUGGGGUUUUGUCACUGAUCGUCUUCUCUACUAUUUGUUCCUCUUCUAGAUCUUUUUUCCCGUCGUCUUUUGAUGUUUUAUCCUCUUCUUUUUCGUCCUUCUCUUCUUCACCCUCCUCUUCCUCCUCAUCCUCAUCCUCCUCUUCCUCUUCCUCGCUUUCCUCAUCUUCUUGUUCACUCUCUUUUUUCUCUUCUUUUUUAGCUUCUGCAGCUUUUUCACUUUCUGCUUCAAUCUCUUUUUCUACCUUUUGCUCAAGUUGUUCUUUCUUGACAUCCUCCUUGGCGUCAUCAACUUCCUUUACGUUUUCUUCACUAUCAUUCGCUUUUGAAUAGCUGCCAGUAUCGGUGUUUUCAUUUUCCUCUCGACUUUCGCUGUUUUCUUUAGAUUCUUCAGGCAUCUUUUCAUGUUGAUUUCCAACAGUUUUGUCUUGAUCUUCACAAACGUUUUGUUCAGCAGAUUGUGCCGGCACGUGUUUUUCUGGCUCAACUUUUGUUUCGUUUAAAGAUUCCUCCUUUUCAGUUCCUUGUUCAUUGUCAUUUUCUUCAACUGUAUCUUCAUCCUCCGCGUUUUUUUCUUCUUCUUCUUCUUCUUCUUCUUCUUCUUCUUCUUCUUCUUCUUCGUGUACUUUUUCAGUUUCGGUUUUCUUUGCAGGUUCUUCGGUAGGUUGGGAAUUCUUUUCAAUUUCAACAGCCUUAUCAUCACUUUGCAAAGUUUGACCGUUAUUUUGAACUUUUCCGGAGAAAUCUUUAUCACUUUCGGCCUCUUCAGUUAUUGUCUCGCUACCAACAGUGUCGCUAGUGAUAGCGCUGCUCUCCUGGGAAGAAUGGUGUUUCUUUUUUUUCUUGUCUUUCUUUUCCUUGUCCUUUUUCUCCUUUUUCUCCUUUUUCUUCUUUUUCUCCUUCUUUCUAUCUGCUUCAGAAAUCAUGGACUCAGACUCACUAGUUGUUUCCAGAGUUUUCUUUUUUUUCUCUCUCUUCUCUUCUUUCGAUCUUUUCUCUUUUUUCUCCUUUUUUUCUUUUGUUUGUUCUUUUUUGGAGCCAGAUGAAUCUUCUUUACUGCUUUUUCCUUGAGUUUCCGAGACAGUUUCAUCCAUCGUUACUGUAUUACUAUCGCUGAUUGUAUCCGAUAUGUACUCGGAAUAUGAUUCAGUCUCCGACAUCAUUAUCCUAGUCCUAAUUGGUCUAUAAAUAAGAUAAGUGGAAAUGUCUUAAUUGAUCUUAAAUAAUAGUGAUUUUCAAAUUAACAAGGCAGAGAAAUAACUUAAUCUUUCUCAAGAACUUUAUUGCAAAUGGAAUAGGUACAGUAAUAACAUUAAUCUAAUAAUAGCAGAUCGGUUUAGGCACAGAUUUCGUACCAAGGUGAUAAAAAGCGCCAUCUAUAGCAUAUCAAUUGUUUAUGCAAAAAUAAAAACAACAAAGUUUAAUUAAUGAAAUAAACAAGGGAAAUGUCAUGAAGAACUUCACUUCGUUAUUCGGAAAAUUUCUAAGAAAGGAACGAAAGGGGCAAUAACAUUAGCUUUAACUUAUUAAAUUCCUUUAGAUUUAGUUUACAUUCGUGCUAAUUAAAUCUCACGGGGAAGGUAGAUAUCAUUUCCAAUUAUUUAAAUAUUAUUAAUAAAGCAUGAUAUAUAAUAAUAAUAGAUAAAAUUCGUGAGAAAGUGAAAUAAACUCACCAUUUAUUGCGAACUGCAAACGUUUCUGCCCGAUAUUUCCAGUGCAAGAAACUUUGCAGCCGGCUCAGAUCAUCUAAAAAUAGACGAUUCGUUCCCUAUUUACUUUCGUACACGCGAGCGCUUUACCCCAAAAAGAAGGUUCCAAUGUAGAUUCUACUUUUUUAUUUUUGUUAUAAAUUUUGUUAUUUAAAGUAUUAAAUUUUUAUCAGAUAAAAUAGAAGGAUUCAGUCGUAAGUUGAAAAUAGAAAAUAGACUAUUUCUAUUAGAAAAAUUGUAUACAAAGUAGGGAAUAUUUUCAAAAUAAUACCUGGAUCUCUUUUGCAGUUGUCGGUAAUCAAUUAACUGGAAAAGAGGCAAUAAUAUAUUUUCUUUUCUAUAUUCCUAGUGGUUUAUUUUUCUUUGCUCUCUCUUUUUUAAUAAUAACGAUUUUGAAAGGCAAAAUGUAAAAUUAUCAAUAUGAAAAUGAUCAUUUAUUGUUGUGUCAGUAAUAUACUUUUUAAUGUAGUAUUGUGCAUUAAUAAUGAAAACAAUCGUUUUCAUUUCAUAAAUCAGACUAAGGUUAUAAUGCCUUACAUACUGCACCGCCACCCACCGAGCACCCUAGACUUUCUUUUUACAGACAGCCGCGCCACACUACCUCGCGAAAAUUCUCUAAGAAUAAAGAACGAAGAAUUCUAUAUUAGCUGGAAAAGAAUGGCAGAGUCGAACGAUAACGAUAGCGAAGAAAUGGAAACUACCCUUCAACCUCCUUCGGCCGUAUCGAAAACGGAUAGCUGCGAAUCUGGUAUUUUUAGCGAUAUUUCACCUCCUGUAAAAGCUGAACAAAAGUCAGAGGAGGAUGUCGACGAUAUAAUUCAAAGGGUACUAAGCAAUCAUAGACAAACGUUUUCUGAUGAGAGUGCCAUCUAUCGUCGACGCCGCUUUCAAAGAACGUCUGAAUUUGAGGAGGAAGAAGUUUUCGAAGAUCGAUACGAUAAUGGCAUGGAUUAUAUACCGGAUGAUGAAUUCAUACCAAAGAAGGGACUUCAUACAGAAGAUGUCGUUCGUGAGCGGAGUGCAAGCAUAAGAAAUGUCGUAGAUGAUCAAUCGAAAGUUCUAAAGAGACUUAAAUCUGUAGGUGAGAGUUUUGAUGAACUGCAAGAUGAGAUUCGCUCAAUUAAACAACAAAUGUGGGAGAAUGAAGCAAGACGGGCAGUCUUUGAUGAUGAAUUUAAUAAUUUAAAUAUGAGUGAAGAAGAAGAUGAACACUUUCGACAAGAAGUUCGUCAAAAUAUAUACCGGCCUAGACCUUCAUACAAAUACGUAGAGGAUGACUAUGAUACAUCUUACAAGUCGAGAAAUUAUAGACUGGAAAGAGCCGAAACAUUUGACGUUGGAAACAGAUACGCCACAACAUCUUUUGCGCCGCAAAGCAACAAUUACUCGAGAGCCACGAAUUCUUUAAUGAGAUCAACGUCGUUUCAAAAUUCCGAAGAAUUCCCUUCAAACCAACUCGGCAAAUAUCCAAGUGAUAAAUGGAGUUUUGACAGUAGAUUUUUAAAAAAAGUUCGAGAGGCUAAAGCAUCGGGAGAGUAUAAACCAAAGAAGCCGUUUCAGUCGAGAUUUCUUCGCAAGACUACUGCUAAUGAUUCUCCUGCAGAAUAAUAAUAUAAUAUUAUUAUUAAUUAUGAUAAUGAUUAUGAUAACAAUAGUUUGUAAUAAUAAUAAUAAUAAUAGUUAAGAUAAAUAAUGACAAGAAAGUUUUUUCCGACUUUUUGAAAUAUAAAUAAUAAAAUUGAAAG